GUUGGACAUGUCGGACACGACCUACUUCGUGCUCUUCCUCAUCUUGGCGGUGCCCCUGGGAGCUACGAUACUCCUGGCCAUCGUCACUGCGCUGCUUCCCGGCUGCCAACUCAACUACCGCGGGAAGCAUGUCCUCGUGACAGGUGGCAGCGAAGGCCUUGGUCGCGCGAUUGCCCUCCAACUUGUCGCCGCCGGUGCUGACGUCACCAUUGUGGGCCGCCGGGCCGAUGCGCUACAAAGAGUCGUCGACGAAGCGAACACGUCGAAUUCUCCAACUCGUGGUCGCAUCUUCACCCAAACUGCCGACGUCACCAGUCCUCAAGCCAUUAAAUGCGCAGUAGGUCAAGCGCAAGCCAGUGUUGGUCCUAUUGACAUUUUGUUCCCCAACGCUGGAAAAAGCAUUGUGGGGUACAUGGUCGAACAUCCCAUUCAGUCGUUUCGCGACUCCAUGGAGCUCAACUAUUUUGGCACGUUGAACACAGUGAAUGCCGUGCUGCCAACCAUGGUCCAGCGCCAAGAAGGUUGCAUUUGCUUCAUCACGUCAGCGGCGGCAUUGGCCAGUUAUGUUGGCUUCUCUGCCUACUCCCCAACCAAGUAUGCCGUCCGUGGCCUGGCCGACUGCUUGCGUAACGAGUUGAGCUCGUCGGGAAUUUCCAUUCACGUAGCAUACCCUGGCAGCAUGGACACCCCUGGGUUUGAAUUGGAGCAGUUGACCAAGCCGACCGAAUGCAAAGCGAUCGAAGCAUCCGAAACGUUGUACAAACCCGAAGCGGUGGCGUCGUCGAUUCUCAAAGAUCUCAAGCAUGGCGUGCAUAACAUGUACUGUGGUGACAUUGGCAUUUCCUUGCUAGGGGUACUCAGUGCCUCCAUGUCCCCUCGUUGCAACCCUGCGCUGGACGUGCUGUUGUUCCCUGUCGGGGUUGUUGUCGCUUGGUUUGUCCGAGGGGGUUGGGACAAACACGUGAAGAAAGGGCAAAAUGACGUGUAAAAUAGCUUCUGUAAUAAUGUCUCAAGCUUUAUCCGGA